GGAGCACCGGAGGGAGCACCGACUGAUUGCAACGGGAGCCCCGGACGGAGCACCGAUUGCAGCGGGACCUCCGGACGGAGCACGAGGAGCACCGCAGGGAGCACCGAUUGAUUGCAACGGGAGCCCUGGACGGAGCACCGAUUGCAGCGGGAGUCCCGGACGGAGCACGAGGAGCACCGGAGGGAGCACCGAUUGAUUGCAACGGGAGCACCGAACCGAGCCCCGAUUGCAGCGGGAGCAGGUUUUGCUGAACCCUCAGUGCCGUGCUCCCCUUUGGAAAGAAGCAGGCCGGUUCUGGUGAAAGAGCAGCCUAAAAUUGUGGGUGGCAGUUCUAUGGAUAAAUGAGACGAUCCCGAUUCUGUCCCCUUGAGCCUAUAUAAGGACUUCCAAUUUCCAAAGAGACGCUUAUUUUCCUACCACCACCUUUAACAAAGAUGUCCGAACCUGAUCCGUCAUCUGGAUUUGUGGGGAAUGCAGAGAAUGGGACCUUUCUGGAGCUAUUUCCCACAUCUCUGUCCACUUCAGUGGACUCAUCAUCCAGUCACUUAUCCAACGUCUACAUCUAUGUUUCAAUAUUCCUCAGCCUCUUAGCUUUUCUGCUUCUGCUCUUAAUCAUCGCGCUGCAGAGGCUCAAAAACAUCAUCUCCUCCAGCUCCUCCUAUCCAGAAUACCCAAGCGAUGCUGGAAGUUCCUUCACAAAUCUAGAGGUCUGCAGCAUUUCCUCCCAGAGGUCUACUUUUUCAAAUCUGUCCUCGUGAGAAGAAACCAAAACGAGAACACUCUCUCGUACUGGAACAGCAUUGACCGUCCUUUGGGGGAAAAGACCACAGGCAGGUGUUGCCUGUGACAUGGAUUAAAUGAUAAGUGAUUUAUGUGUGCUGAAUUUCUCCCACGCUCUCUAGCCUCAACUUUCCUUUUCAUUAAUGAUGCCUUUUACAGGUGGGCAUGUGGUAAUGAUGCCCAUCCUUGAGGAGCGGUGAAGCGGCCACGUGGUCUAAGCGGUAUCUGAUUACUUUGGGAUGGGACAAUUAACUCGGUGUUGUGCAGAGCCUGCCAUCUUGCCUGAAAUUCUUCUCAUUGGUGUGGACAGACUAGAUUCAGAGAAAAACUUUUAGGUUCAUUCCUCUCGUUGAAGCCAUCAUUCCAGUGGAGUCAAUGGGUUGGAAUGUAAUAAGCUUCUUAGCACUUAACAGAGCGUAUUUUCUGUAAUUGUAACCUCAAUCUGAUGUCCCUUGUGAAAUAUUGGGAAAAAGUUUCAAAUAUUUACCACUCACUCUCCUGUUAAUAAAUCAGAAUAACUGAAUUAGAGAAUUUAAAUUAUUCUGAAUUUUGAGGGGUUUGGGAGAGAAGGCUCACUGUCGGCCGAAGAUGACAGGAUGAAAUCUGUGUUGCAAUCUGCCUUCUGGUCUUUCCUUUCAUAUGUCACGGCUCCAGCAUUUCAUUGUUUUCUGCGCAGUCCAUUGUGAGAAAGAGAGCCAUUAUGAUAGGAAAUACCAGAUGUAAAUCGGGAAAGGGGCUUACUUUUUGCUUUGCCCCCACCAUUCUCAUCAGUGAGAAUUAAGCACAUGGUGAAUGAACUCUAAACAUUUAAAGAAUUGUAUUUCAUACAGUGAUAACCAAUGGCAGUACAUUUGAAUGAAGUGUAUUCCUCUAUUCAAUUUCCUACUAAUUAAUGUGGUAACGUACUUGUGAAGAGUGCAGCGCAUCACUGGCUCACGGCCAUAAUGCCAAGAUGGGUAAUUAAACCCUCCCAGUGAAUGUGAACUGCAUUUCACAGCGGUUCUACGUGGCUCCCGUAAAUUGGGUUGGCAGAACUCUGAUAUUUCCACUUGCUGAUGCUCCUUCCUGAAUUAGCUCGGGCCAUUCUCCUGAAUGGCUGGCUGCCUUCCCUCAAUUCUACCACUGAGUUCAGUCAGGCCAAUGAAAACAGGCCCGGGACCUAAUAGAAAUCAAGCUAUGAUAAAGCAGUCAUUUUUAUCAGAGAUUGAAAUCCAGUACCACAGUAUUCUAAACUGGAUUUUUGUCAGGUUACCAACAUUCACUGGAGGCUAAAACUGGAAAGGGUGGAGAGGUUUAGUUGGAAACUUGCAGGCUGAAAUGUAUGCUUCUAGUAACAAGGUUAACUCUCCUGGCUUACAUUUUGGUAGUAGUAGUAGUAGUAGUAGUAGUAGUAGUAGUAGUAGUAGUGGUAGUAGUAGUGGUAGUAGUAGUAGUAGUAGUAGUAAUGGUAUUUAUUGAUCCCCUUCUGGGUGAGGGAUACUGAACAAAGCACUAGGGAAAGCACAACAGAAGAAAAAGACACAUUCUCUGUCCAGUAGGAGCUUAGCAAACCAGGUUAACCGACUUCAAAAUUUUACUGGCCACAGUGAUCUCCUGAUGAAAAGUAGUACAAGAUUUGGAUUGCCAUGUGCAUUCUCUUGUUGGUUCCAAAUGAGAGAAAACAUGAAAGAAAAAAUCCUCUGUUAACCAAAUGUAGCUAGCUCCUUUCUGAUCUUGUAAGCUGUAUUAUUUACCUGUCUGAAGUCUGAAAUUGCAUACUAUUGCUGCAGCAGCAAAAUGACCUAAGAGAGUGGAUUCUUGCCUCUUCCUUCCAGGAGUUUCAUCAGAGCCUUUGGCAAGACAGCAUUUGCCGAAAACACAACUCCCUCAAAUGAGCCGUGAUUGCAAAUAGGACAUAGAUCGCAAAUGUAAGUUGCGUUCCCAUAUCAAAAGUGUUGUUUUUUUUCAUUCUACUUUAUGUGCAUCAGUUAGAAGCAGCAUUAUUUAUUGUGGAGUGGAAAGAAAAAAAAAACCCUUGGGUUAACUGUCCCUGGGUUACAAAUCUGUGAAGAGAAACUGGUUUUUCAGCAGGUACAAAUGUCAGAUGAAUUUGUGCUGCUUAAAAUGUUCAGAGGGGCGGAAGGAUCCGUUGGUUAAUAAAGAA